CUCAGAAAAUGGAUGGAUGGAUAACAAUAAUUACAUACAAUAACCAGAAUGAGCCCAACAUAAAUUUAAAUCCAAGACAAUGGAGGCUGAAAUGUUGUUUUAUUUUUUGUAGGUAUGUUGCAAAGGUGGUGCAACUGGUGCUAAUUAGAGCCUAUUAGCACCAGCUGUAGUCACCUCUUAUAAAAGCUAAUCAAGUCCAGCUGCUCGACAACUGUUCCUGAAGCAAUGGCUGCCUUUUGGCUUGUGCUGGCGUUUGCUGUCUUGAUUGCUGAAGGGUUUUCUCUUCAAGCUGGCACUACACAAGCUGAGUCUGAUACUGAGUGGAUGGAAACGCUAGAUGUGUCACCUGAAGAUGUUUCACUUAAGAGGGCUUUUGAACUUCUCCAGUCUUUGGAUUCUGUGUUUGCGCUACAUGCCAAAGAAGGUCUCCUGGCAGCAAAAGAAGUGGAAAUUGCUGUUGGCGUGGGAAAGGUUUCACUGGACAAACCUGAAGGGCUCAAAACAAAGUCGGGCAGUCAUCACAAUGUGAGGAAAAACCUCCAGCAUGAUAUGAGAAAUGACCAUAAUGUGGAUCACAAUGUGAGCAACAGCCAUCAGCAGGAAAACUUGAGCUACAACCAAAAGAGUGACUCGAGUGACAAGGUGAGUCAUGGCCACCAAGACUACGCCUUGAGCCAAAACCUGAGCAGCAAGGGUCACCAGGAUGACUCUUUUAGCCACAACAUCAGCAGCAAGGGCCACCAGGACUAUGCCUUGAGCCACGACCAGAUGAGCCAAAACAUGAGCAAGGGCUACCAGGAUGACUCUUUUAGCCAUGACCACAUGACCCCCAAGGGCUACCAGGAUGACUCAGACUACCAGAACGAUGCCUUUAGUCACAAGAAUGAUAACAUAAGCAGCAACGGCCACCAGGACUAUGCCUUGAGCCACAAUCAGAUGAGCCAAAACAUGAGCAAGGGUCACCAGGAUGACUCUUUUAGCCACAACAUCAGCAGGAGCAAGGGCCACCAGGACUAUGCCUUGAGCCACGACCAGAUGAGCCAAAACAUGAGCAAGGGACACCAGGAUGACUCCUUUAGCCACGACCAUAUGAGCCAAAACAUGACUCCCAAGGGCUACCAGGAUGACUCGGACUACCAGAAUGAUGCCUUUAGUCACAAGAAUGAUAACAUGAGCAGCAAGGGCCACCAGGACUAUGCCUUGAGCCAAAACAUGAGCAAGGGCCACCAGGACUAUGCCUUGAGCCGUGACCAGAUGAGCCAAAACAUGAGCAAGGGACACCAGGAUGACUCCUUUAGCCACGACCAUAUGAGCCAAAACAUGACUCCCAAGGGCUACCAGGAUGACUCGGACUACCAGAAUGAUGCCUUUAGUCACAAGAAUGAUAACAUGAGCAGCAAGGGCCACCAGGACUAUGCCUUGAGCCAAAACAUGAGCAAGGGCCACCAGGACUAUGCCUUGAGCCGCGAUCAGAUGAGCCAAAACAUGAGCAAGGGUCACCAGGAUGAUUCCUUUAGCCAAAACAUUAGCAGCAAGGGCUACCAGGAUGACUCAGACUACCAGAACGAUGCCUUUCGUCACAAGAGUGAUUACAUGAGCAGUAAGGGCCACCAGGGUGACUAAAUGAGCAGCAGCCACAAGAAGGACCAACUACCUGAAUGGGCCAUGAUGACUUGACAGAUUGUGUAUAGGUUGUAUGUAUGUGGUUUCAUUGCAUUAUUGAAGGCACAGAAGCGCUCUAAAAUGUUCAUGGAUUUACUAAAUAAAACUCUUUACCUUGAAA